UCCCCCGCUGAAGACAAGCUCAACUCGGCCAAAGUUUGCCUGAGAGGAAAAAAACCGAGCUCAGUACAAUUAGCAAGACUCGGAAUGUGCGGAUCUUUUGCUGUACAGCUCCACAAACGGUAAAAUGAUGUUGGGACCGCCUUGGCGCACGGAUUACGCGGGGAUUGUUUGCGUUGUUAUGUUGUUGGCGAAAGGCUGCGUCUGUGAUACCGAAGUCCUGGACAAGAAGCAACUUGAGGAGUAUUACAAAAAGAAUCAUUUUGUACUGGAGAGUAGUGAUGAGCACAAGUGCAUCACAGUGGGAGACGGUGUCCUGAGACUGACCGACUGUGAGCGCCUGACCCGGCACAUGUUGUGGAAAUGGGUCUCCAGACAACAACUGUUCAACCUCGGAACGGGCCAGUGCCUUGGGCUAAAAGUGAAUACAUCAUACCCUCUGGGCAUGUUUGAGUGCGACACUUCCUACUUGCUCAUGUGGUGGCGCUGUCAGGACAAUGGCAUUUUCGGGCCAUUUAUCUGGAGACUGACAGUGUCUGGAGAUGUAGUGACAGCUAAGAAAAGCUCCUACUACAAUUGGAAGAGGCACGGAAGUCACAAUGAAGGGCCCUGUUCAUAUCCCUAUGAAGAAAUCUACACUCUUUUGGGUAAUGCACAUGGGAAUCCCUGCACUUUUCCGUUUAAGUACAACAAUAAAUGGUACACAGAAUGCACGACUGAGGGGCGCGAGGACCACCUGCCCUGGUGCGCCACCUCCACCCACUAUGACCAGGACGAGCGCUGGGGAUUCUGUCCUGUUGAUGAUUCUACCUGUGAAACAUUUUGGGAGUCAAAUUCUGAGCUACAGGCGUGUUACCAGUUUAACCUUCACACCAUACUGACAUGGAGCCAGGCCCACUCCUCCUGCCAGGCCCAAGGAGGCAACCUGCUCAGCAUCACCAGCCUGUCCGAGCUCAGAUACAUCAGAGAUCGCUUGGCCAGUGUGGGGGUAAGAGUGUGGAUUGGCCUAAAUCACAUCAAAGACAGUCAAGGAUGGCACUGGUCUGAUGGGUCACCCCUCACCUUUGUCAACUUUACAUCAGCUUUACCUGCAAAGCCAAUGCAAGUAAUGAGUGAGUGUGGAGUGUAUAAUCCUGGCAACUUGGAGCAGUGGCAGGGCAUGGAGUGUUCAUCUGCUCUGCCCUACAUCUGUAAGAAAAGCCCUAAUAACACCCAGACUGUGGAGCCACUGGAGAACUGGCAGCACAUUCCCACUGACUGUGAUGAUGGUUGGUUGUCUCAUAAUGGAUACUGCUACAGAGUGACGGAGAAAGCACAAAACUGGCAAAACUCCAAACAGUCCUGUGUGGACCAGGGAGCAAACCUCACCAGCCUUCACUCCUUAUCAGAAGUGGAGUUUCUCGUCAAUGUCCUGCAAAACAUAACAGGGUCCAGCAGUGAGGUGUGGAUUGGUCUCUGGAAGCAGCACUCAUCUCCAGCUGUUGAGUGGUUUGAUGGUUCACCAGUGACUUUGGCCCCAUGGCACCAAAACCAACCCCCACAAAUCCCUCCAUCAGACGGUACUUUCUGUGGCACAGCCAAUGUGAAGGAGGGUGACUGGUUUUUGAGAUCUUGUUCUUUGCAAUAUCCGGCCAUUUGCCGCAAAAAAGGUCACACCCUGGUCUCUUCCUCGGAUUCAUGGGACGAAGGUUGUCCUGAGGGUUGGAAAAGACAUGGUCACCAUUGCUACACUGUGACAAGCUAUGAACACAACUUUGAUGAUGCCAUUAGUGACUAUUACUGCAAAGGCUCGCUACUCACUGUGGCAAACAAGUUUGAACAGGCAUUUGUCAACAGUUUACUCAGGGAGAAGGGAGCCAACAGCAGCUUGUUUUACUGGAUAGGCCUCAGAGACCAAGAGGACCGGAGAGGGUAUCAGUGGAUAUCUCAUAAUAACACAGAAGUGCCUCUCACCUUCACCAACUGGAACAAGCACCAGCCCGUGAGUGUUGGUGGUUGUGUUGCCAUCUCCGGGGGUCCUGCUCUGGGGCACUGGGAGGUUAAACACUGUCAGUCCUUCAAGGCUUUGUCUGUGUGUAAACGAAACAUUGAGAACUACCAGGACACUCCACUAACAGAGGACCACAAGGCCGCCUAUGCCCCCUGUCCCCCUGGCUGGGACUCACAACCAGGGAUGUUGCACUGUUUUAAGGUGUUCCAUGAUGAAAAGGUCCUGAUGAAGCGCUCCUGGAUGGAGGCAGAUUUCUUCUGCCAGGCUCUUGGAGCUAAACUGGCCAGUUUCCAGUUCUACGAGGAGCAGCUGUUUGUCAAGCGCCUCCUCAGCACCAUGUUUGAAGAAACAGAAGGUCGCUGGUUUUGGAUGGGAUUGAACAAAAGAGAUCCUGAAAAUCCUUCAUCAUGGCAAUGGUCAGAUGACAGCCCAGUUGUGACAUCAUUUAUAGAAGACAAGAACAGUGAAUCUAUAGGAGACUGUGCUGUGUUUAGUCACAUGACCGACAGCUUUGCGCCAAAACCCUGUGACAAAAAAUAUGAGUGGAUUUGUAAGAUGCACAAAGGUGAUCAGCUCCUAAAGCCAUAUUGGUACACCGAGCAAAGUGAGCCCUGGGUGUUUUACCGCGGUGCUGAGUAUCUUCUGGCCAAGCAGCCAUUCAGUUGGGACGCUGUGUCUCUGGCCUGUCAGAUGAUGGGGUCCUACCUGCUGUCCAUUCACUCCAGAGAAGAGCUUCACUUCAUCAAAGAGCGCCUGCGAAGGUAUUCUCUAGGUCCAACUGAAUGGUGGAUUGGUCUUUCCAUUGGCCUACCAGGAACAGAGGCCAGGUGGGCUGAUGGGACUGAAUUAGAGUUUCAGAACUGGUCAGAAGGUCUCCAUGGUGGCAAAAAGAUCAAUGGGAUGUGUGUGACCAUGUCCUCGUCUACAGGAAAGUGGUCGGUCAGUCCAUGCAGUGAUCUCCAUGGUUACGUGUGUAAGAGGAGGACUGUGUCGGUGCUGGAAACCCCUCGAGAGCCUCAUUAUAUUGGGGCAUGUCCAGAGAAAUGGCUGUAUUUUGGACACAAGUGCCUCCUCCUUCACCUUCCGGAGGUUCCUGAGGAUGGAAAGACUUGGACUGAUGCCGAGUCCAUCUGCUCUUCUUUUGAGGGGACCCUGGUGGCUAUAGAAAAUGAAAUUGAACAAGCCUUCAUCACGAUGCUCCUGCAGGGCAGCUCUGUGGGAGUGUGGAUUGGGCUUCAGAACGAUGACACCUCGGCCUGGACCAGCGGGAAAACUGUCACCUACACAAACUGGUCUCCUGUUGAACCCAAGAGCCAUCUUACUAUCAAUGAAUACGAGUGGCUUCAUGGAUUUGAACCUGAACUUGAACCAUUGUGCGUCGUCAUGUCGAAUAAUCACAACUUCCACCUGACAGGAAAAUGGUACGAUGAAAAGUGCAGCACCUCAGGCUAUGGAUUUGUUUGUCAAAAAGCACAAGAUACCUCUAAACCCCCCACUCACUCGUACAGACCGCCUUCUGCGCGUGAGAAGAUCGAGUACCGUGAUCACAACUACCGCGUGGUGUCUGGAAACAUAAGCUGGUACGAUGCAAUGCAGUUGUGUUCGGAGAGACGCUCUGAGCUGGUGAGCAUUACAGACCCUUACCACCAGGCCUUCCUCACUGUGCUGGUGAACAGACUGGCAGCUCCGCACUGGAUUGGACUCUACAGCCGAGAUAGUGGUAUUAACUAUCAGUGGUCCGAUGGCAAUGACAUGGUCUACACUCACUGGGACAGCACGGACGAUGAGGAUGAGUUUCUGACCGGAGACUGCGUUUACAUGGACGUGAACGGAGGCUGGAGGAGAGCAGACUGUGUAUCCACGCUGCCUGGAGCACUGUGCCAUGUCCCAGAGCUAAUAACUAAGGCUAUGAGCACAAGUGAAGUUUUGUGUCCCUCAACAUGGGUGAAAUUUAGAAGUGUUUGCUACGACUUUGAGCCCGUGGUGCAGCGACUCCCUCUGGAAGAAGCACGGAACCACUGCAGACAAAAAUUGAACAGUUCAGAUGUGCUGACCAUUGAAACAGAGAAUGAAAACCUGUUUAUCUUGGAACAACUAUGGUCUCUUGGGUUUGUUCAUCAGGCCGUGUGGUUGGGCAUGUUCUUUAAUAUCGACACUGAAAGUUUGAACUGGGUCGAUGGUACUCCAGUAGAGUACACAAAUUGGCCAAGCAAACCCCCAGACCGAAGUCAACUCUCCACAGAUACGUGUGUUUCGACCAAAGCAGCCGAUGGGGUCUGGUACCUCACUCAGUGCCAACAAAAUCUCGGCUUUGUGUGUAAAACUACCACAUAUAAAGAUGCUGAAGUGGAGGCCGAACCACUAAAUGGUUUACAUCAUGGUGUUAUAGCUGCUGCAGUCCUGGUGGCUGUAGUAGUCUUUGCUCUGCUGGCUGGAGCUUUCUACCUUGUUUACAGGAGGAACCAGGGACAUUUCCGGGGGAUUGGAAGUGCUUAUUAUCGACAAACAAGUUCACAGUCGGAUGGAAACGUCUUAAUCACAGACUUAGAAACACGCUCGGGGGAAUAGCAUUAAAUGUGUCCAAACUUUGAGGUCUUCUGCAGGUAAAGUGUAAAAAGACACUGAAAACUGUAACCGCUCUGGAUAGUGGUGAGAGGUUGUCAAUUUUCUACCACAUUGCUGAAGAUAGGUUCUUAAAGGUGCGCAAUGUAAUUUUCUUGUGAAAGGUACCUGCUUGUUUCCAUGAAGAUUUUGUUGCUGUGGAAUGUUUCUCAUAUUAUGGCAUUAAAUAUUACUAUCUCCCUGUAGACAGUCGGGUGAUGCCAAUAGGCCAACAGGUCAGAUAUAUAAAGGGGCAAACUUACAGUGAGUUAGCUUCUUUUUCAAGAUUUAUGACAAUGAGAAUAUAUGGCAAUAAAAACACCACUAGUUUAAUAAAUGGCAUACUGAAAAUUCUAGGCACUGCAGAAAUACGCAAGUAAAAGUCUCCAUGUUUGGACAAGAGCAACUUCAAGCCUUUCUCACCAAGUACCACAUAAGAAAAUCUUUUGGCCUUUUGAAUUCCACCAGGUCUAAUCCAGGUCUAUAACAGAGCUAUUUCAGGUCUAAUAGAGCUAAACCAUAUCUCACACAAUUGCUGUAUUAGUUCUAAACAUGACUAACCCAAAGAAAGAAAAAAAAAAUCAAAACUACUACUGUAAACGGGUAUUCACUCCUAAAAUAGUAUUCCUUGUUUUUAGUUGUCAAUGCCAGUUAUUAAGUUUUUAGGGGUGAAUGAAAUGGCCUAUGUAAUGUUGUUUGUUACUCUAAAUAAUGAAUCUUACCAAAUUAGAUUCAGAAGAGUCCAGGGAAAGAUAGGAGAUAAUCUAUACAUCAGGUUCUAUUUAUACAUUAAACAUUUUCUCUGUUGUCAAUGCAGUAUUUUUCAGAGGAGAUAAGAGAUAUGCAUUUUUAGCAGUUUAUAAAAUAACAAAAGUGAGAAUAUCUAAGCACAAUGGUUGAGUUAGGAGCGUGAAUGUUUUAUCAGUAUUAUUUUUUUUACGGCACGUUUUUGUUUGUGUUUCUAUGAUGCAAAACAAGAUGUAC